AUGGCCGCCCCCAUUGAUGUUCACACUGAUUCCAGUUGUACUAAGGCUACUUAUGCAGGGAUUGUUGGAAGACCUAAUGACACUCUCCAAGAUCCUACAAAUUUAAUUUUCCCUCAGGAAUUUCAUAAUGCUGCUGCUGGCAAAGGGAUUUGCUCUUGCAUUCACCCCCUUGGCUUCAAAAAUGGGGAAACUGCAGUCUACUUCUCUGCAGCAGAAAUUGCUUCACUGAAUGAAGAAGUCAGAUUCACUCUUGUUGGAAAAUUCCAAUUGGGCCAUCCCAAAAUGGACCUUGUUAGAAGCUUCUUUGAUUCUCUAAAUUUCAUUGGACAAUGGAAGCUUGGUUUGAUAGAUGGCAGACACCUUCUUAUCCAACUCUCAAUGGAAGAAGACUAUGCUAGGCUAUUUGCUAAACAAGCUGUUUCUAUAGCAGGAGUUACAAUGAAAAUCCAGAAAUGGACUAGUGACUUUGACCCAACUAAGGAGUCUCCUGUGGUCUCGGUUUGGUUUAAGCUACCUGGUCUUCCAUUACCUUACUUCAAGCUUAAUGCACUGUUUAAUAUAGGGAGAGCACUAGGUACUCCCCUCAAGGUGGAUGCUCCUACUUUCAAUAAGGCAAGACCUGCUCUUGCUAGAAUUCAGGUGGAAAGAGACAUAACCCUCCUUGAGAUUAAAAGGAUAUGGAUUGGUUAUGAUGAAGAGGGAUUUUGGCAAGAUAUAACUGCUGAACAAAAGCCUUUUUACUGCCAACACUAUAAAAUGUUUGGCCACACUAAUGAAAAAUGCUAUAGGCUCACCCCCCUACAAAAAAACUCUCUAUGA